CCUGGGAAAAAUUGGAUUUAUGAAGCGCUUCUAAAAGAACCGCAUGAUGCACGUUUCGCGGGCAAUCCUCGCGUCUACCUUGGCUAUUAUAAGUGCGGUUGGAUAUCAGAGCGCUGUCAAUUUGGAACACUGCGCACACAAAAUGACGCGAACGUGUUCUGUUUGGGGAAAUGCGCAGGUUCGUAGGAGCUGGCCGUUUUUGAAAACGUUGGGCCGUGAACGCAGCCGCAGUCCGGAUCAGGGGGCGUAGGCUUACCACCGGCUCCCUCAGACACAAUGAGCCGUCAGUCGGUGAGGUACACGCAUGUUGGCUCGGUGGAAUUUUAGCCCACUUUUAUUCACUUCUUUGAUGUACUUGACUAUUACGGCACCGCGGGAGCUCUUUAUGGGCUUUAUAAGUGCGGCUCCGUCGAGUUUGCUGAAAACGAGGUCGGGAGCAGACUACUGUAGUUAACCCCCCCCCCCCCCCCUCCUCCUCCUCCUUUAUUUUUGCUACUUUUGGACCAACAAUGUCGGUCACCGCGUCCUCCGACUACUUCGCUGCCGAGUGUUUGGUGUCCAUAUCGAGCGGUCCCGUGUUGCACAGACCCACCCCGGUGGCCCUCGUCGCCGCCAGCCAGGCGAGCAGCAGCACCACCGCCACCCCCGCGGUGGUGGGCCUGCUCCCCGGGGAGCACGACGGCUCGAGCGAGGACCGAGAAGUGCGGGACACCCUGCGGUUGGAGGGGGCCAACAUGAUGACGGUGGCCGGUAUCCUCACCGACCUCCACGGCAAGUUCCGCCCCAUGUCGGCCUACUCCGAGAGCAGCAACUCUUCGUGCGGUGGCGAGAGCGGUUACACCACGUUGUCCGACCCCACCACCCCUACCAUGACCCCUUCCGCUACCCCGGUGCCCGGACAGCAACCGCCGAGAGGGGGCGCGGGUGGAGGAUGCGUGGGGCCCCCUCGCUCCCCCGUGAAGAGACACCACUGCACUUUUGACGGAUGCGACAGAGUUUAUGGAAAAUCGUCGCACUUGAAAGCGCACAUCCGAACCCACACAGGCGAGAGGCCGUUCCCUUGCACCUGGCCCGACUGCGAAAAGAAGUUUGCCCGCUCCGACGAGCUGGCCCGCCACACCCGCACGCACACGGGAGAAAAGCGCUUCCUGUGCCCGCUGUGCGACAAGCGUUUCAUGCGCAGCGACCAUCUGAUCAAGCACGCCCGCCGUCACCCCGACUUCCAGCCCGCCAUGUUGGGGCGCAACAAGGGCAUGUCCUCUCCCAGCAUGACUGUACAACAUUAGAUGGUUCAGGUUACUCUGGGGUUUGGAGCAGGCGGUCACAUGGGGGGUUUUAACCAGCUAGAAUUUGGUUCAUUGAGAAAAAAGUUCAGCAUUGCUAUAUUGUGCUUAAGAGGCACACGUGCAAAAGUCGACACACAGCUGGAUGUGAGGGGCAAGUAACUAUGUGACCACUUUCUACCUGCAACUAUAAAAAGGGUUGGCAUUAUGGGCUGGUGCUGAAAUUAAACCAGUUCCAAAUCCAUAACAGCGGAUUUCAAUGUGCUUUUCGAUUCCACUUAAUCGAUUCCUGAAAUAAGUUGCAUCUAUUGCACUUUGUGUUCAAAUUGCCGCUUGCAGGCGAAUCAAAAGUGCGGUUGUAAAGUAUCAUGAAACAGCUGUUUUGUUGUUGUUGUUGUUUUUUUUUAAAGGGGAACGAAUGGAAGAGGAAUGCAGUCAAAUGUGAAGCUGCACAAUUCAUUUAAUUGUACGAUGUCAGAAGAUUUUCUAUUUCUAAUUUUGGGACACAAUAAGUCUGCUGGAAGGAUCACACCAGCAAAGAAUGGCAUUAUAUCUCGGGUGUAUACUUUCAGUACAAAAAAAAAAGAAAAGAAAAAUAAAUAUACUUGGUCGUUUCAAACAGACACUCAUGGUUUGGUCAGAUUUACAGAAAAUAAAAUGUUUGCUUUCAAACAAAAUUUGGGUUUCUUUUCUCAGGCGGGAUCUGAUGAUAGUUGGAAUCGAAAAUGCAGAUUUGAAUUGACCAAAUAAACCCAACCCUUAAGUAAUCUCAGACUUUCACAAUCUGCAGGGAUUUUUUUUUCCUCCUUUCUCUGUCAAAAUCUGCACAUCACCUAACAGCCAAAUCUCCUCUGUUAUCUCGUGGUUAGUUUUGUAAAUUGUUGCCAUUUGCUACAGUCGCAUUUAUUCACUGUGGGCGGCACAAUAAUAUUGUCGUGGUAGUUUAGCACGGCGGCAACUAGAAGAUUCUUUCUAUACUUUCCAUGUUUUGCAAGUUUUAGUAGUGAUACAUUCCUUUUUUAAUGCAUUUAAAGCAUCAUCAAAGUUCUUUCCUUUUAUAAAAUCCAACCAUAGCUCAAAUGCUACUUUGGACAUGAAAUGGCUCAAGCUUCACUGUUAAAGAGCGGUUUGCACGCCAUCCUUAAGAUGACAUCCUUUCGCAGCCUGGGAACACUGAGACAUAAUACAGCAUCGUAUUAUGUAUAAUGAUGAUGCAAAUGUAUAUAAGCUUUAAGCUUUUGAAGUAGAAGAAGUAUAAUGCUACUAGCAGCAGAAUUAAUACAUGUGAUGUGGUCCUUACAUUAGGGGUAACAGUAUGGCUUGAUAGGAAGGCUUUGCAAGUGUGUGUUGGUGUGCGCGCGUGUGUGCUUUUAUGUUUCUAUUUAGUUUUUUUUUGUUUUUUUUAACGUAUAGCUAAUUUUGCUUGUGAUUCUUGAUGCGCUACCUUCAAAGUAAAAGCAUCAGGUCCAUUAGUGCUGUGGAGCCAGAUAACAGAUUAUCCUUCAGGUUAGGGUGUUUUCCUCACAGCAGCCUUAUAAAUAAGUAGGACUUGCCGUGUGGCGUUCAUGUGGUACUGCUGAGCUGUCUGGGACUAAGAACGGGUACAAAAUGUGAUUUCAACUUUUCUGUUCAUAAAACGCUUAGUGUGAUAAGGAACGAAGGCGAUUUCGCUUCACUGUCAUUUUGAGAACUAAGACCAAAUUUACCAGAGGAAUGCACGUUUUCCAAAUGAAUCGUAGUUGAUUGUCGGUGACCCUCUGGCCCACCACUCAAGCAGUCAAAAGAAAGUCUGGACAGUGAACGACAUAUGUAACACAGCUUGACGUUGUGCAUCACAAUAGACUAUAUGCAUUCAUUUACAUAUUCCUAAAAGAUUAUCAUCAUGACCAGUAAGUGGACAUCAAAUAAAUAGCCUACAAUGAUUGAGACACCAAUCCCCCCUUUUUUUAAGUGUGGCUGUAAAAAGGAUUUGGCAAUGGCGUUGUAAAAAUAUAUAUAUAUAAUUUUUGAAACAAAAUCCAUAUAGUGCUCUUAAAUUUCAUGUAACAUAAAAAAAAUCUUUGCAACUUAAGAUGUAGUAACAAUUAAGUCAUGUUACGCAGAGGAUGAAGACUGUAAAACCCCGAAUAUAUGAGCUGCUGCACUGUUUGUGUUCAAAUAUUUGUUGCUAAAAUAGUUAACUACUGGAACAUUUAUGGUAGUUUUGUUAGCCAGUCUAUGGAUUUUUGGAGUAAAUGUUAGCAUUAAUAUAGAGAACUUUGGUAAAAUGUGGUUUAUUAAAUACAUGACAUGUAAUUCUCAUGAAUAUAGGGUUUACCACCCGUAGGAGUCGUCUUUGUCUUUUAAAAAAAAAAAAAAAAAAACAUGCAUCCGCACACCUUAUCUGCGACAAAUGAAACAGCCGCAAGCCACAUAACAAAAAUGACCAAAAAGCCAAAAAAUGACCUAGUCUUGCCUGUGAUGGAGAUGCUGGUUGAUAACAUAGCAUCCAUGACCACAUGUGAUGUGAUUUCAUCAGUUCCGUGAUUUCAUCAGUUCAAAGAGUGUCCAAACUUUCUCUUGUACUGCUUUGUAUUGUCCUGCAUACAAAACACAACCUGUUGCCAUCGUACGCUUUACCCUCAACCCCGGACAACGUAAUUUGAUGGGUAUUAGUUGAGUGUAAGACUUGGUUGAUUCUUGCUUGCUUCCAUUUAACCCACUGUGGACAAAAAUGUUAAUUCUGAAAAGGCUUUUUGUAGAUUACAGCAACUUAAAGUUGUAAGACAACAGUGCAAGUAUUUUUUUUUUUAAUGGCUCCUUUUACUUUAUUGAUGUGUCUAUAUCAAAUCAAUAGUUCGACAUCAAAAUGUUGACUUUGCUGAGACGCAAAGCAAAACUAGAGGUAUAGCUACUCACAAAAUGUUAGGGAUGUUUUGUAUAAUUUCAGGAUGAACCUGAAAUGCUGUAUAACCUUUACAGGUGAAUUUACUUUGACCGUGGCUGUUUAAACCGUGAACAUUUCCAUGGUCGCCCACUCUGUCUUUGUGUGAGUCCUUCCGUCACGCUAAACGCUUAGUGGCCACCGUGCUUACGGUGUUGCCAUCAGGUUGCAACAGAGAGACUGGAGGAGUCACGGAAAAAUAUGGAAGUGGCCACCCAUGUAAGAGUAUUGGAACGACAAAUUGGAUUUAGAGAAUGGAGAAGUUAGUGAGUAAUGUAUUUCAAACUAUUUCAAUGGCACCCAAAUGUCAAGUGUCACACGGCAACUCACUCACUCACUCACCCAUCUCACUCGCAUGCAUGAUGAAGUGAAGCAAACCUCAUCUCUUCCCCCCCCCCCCCAACACCACACUGUUUGCCCAGCAUGGACCUAUUCCUUUAACUCAAAAAACACCUCAUCAGGAGACUCUGAAAGCCUUAAACUACGUUAAAACUACUUUGCACCAUGUUUACAGUUUGAUCAUUGUACAAGAAUAUAUACACUAUGCCCACUAUUUGGGCUCUUUACACAUACUCCUUAUGCAAUAUGGCAUGUUUGUCUUGUAGUUGUUUCUUGGUUAAAAAGGCAUCAGGGCAGUGUUAAUAUGCGUCUUCAAAAAAAAAAAAAAAACUGUGGAACUUUUUCCAAAAUGUGGCGCUGGGUUGUCAAACUGCCUUCAAUCUAAGUGCUUUUAGAGAGGGUGACGAAACGAAAUGUGAUUUGAUUUCCGAGACAGACCUGGAUCUAUUUUGACUGUUUCAACGCAUGCACCAGAUGUCCUUUUCUUUUCCCUUGCAACGACCAUACGGGUCAAUAUCACUAUCAAUUGCCUUUGGUGUCUUCAUCAGAAUCACUUGGUUAAUCCAAAUAUGUAUGACGAAUGAAAUUCUGAUGCCUCAUAUAAUUGGCUUAACAUUUACACACAUACCUGACUAAUGGUAACAUUAAAAUUUUGCUUCAUUUUAUACGAUUCCACCCUUAGAGGAAAUUGAAUUUGGAAGUACUGAUAACUAGUGUGUGUAAAAAGUGAUUAAAUGACAAAUUUAAACAAUUUUGGGACGGAUUUACUUAUGUUUUUUCAUAAAAACCUUCUUGUUGAUGACAUAUAAUCCAUUCUUUUCUAUUCUCAUGAUUAUAUUGAGCAAUUUGUCAUUCUGGUUUCUGAUCAGCAUUUUGUCUUCUUCACUGUAAGAUGAAACAGUGGCUAGUUGCAAAGUUAAUACUUAAGACUUAUGUUUGGCCAUUUUCCAAUGUGUGUCGUUCGACGUGUGGAAGCUCAACAUCUCCACAAUGUAGUUUAGUGAAAUUUCAGUUGAUGUACAACCCUUUUAAAACAAUAAAAAUCUAUUUUAGUUGCAAUGUUAAAAUCCGCUGUGUACUUAUAAAAUGCUUACAUUCUCCAAAAAUGUCCACCCUGUUGUUGACCAACCUGUCAGCAAUCUGACAUGUUGAUAUUUUUGGGGUUUUGAAAUGUGGGAAUUUGAGCAAUGUGUGUCUCUAACAGCAAAGCAUCUAUUGAGUGCAAUGAAUAUGGAUUGAUGUGAAUGGAAAAUUUCAGACUUGGGUUAAAAUGAGGACAUCUCAAAGGCAUCUUAUGGUGAUAUUGAGUCGUACUGUCUCACUGUUCCUUAUCAAUGGGAAACUGUACUCAUUGAAGUCAAUGUUUCUAAAUGUGGUCAGUUUUCUUUUUCUGUUGACUAGUUUUCAGUUGCUGCUGGCAGUGACUUUGGACUCAUGGACAGUUUAACAAGGAUUUACACAAGCUACCUGUUUUUCCUCACCUCCUGAUGGAUGUACUCCUGUCAUUUUUCCUCUCAAACAUCUCUCCUCACACAGACGCUCCAGGUUUUAAAGCUACAAUAUUGCAAUAAGAACAUACCUCAGUUUUUUUUCCUGCUCUUUUUUUUCCUUGCAAAAUCCAUCCAACAUGCUUCUGUCAUUGAAACCUUAACAUCGCAGUUCUCGCACACUUCUCAUCGAACUUUUGUUGACGUGACGUGUGAAUUUUGCUUCACUUUAGAGUAUUUGAAAAGUUAAGAAAAAAAGAUUGUUAGGCUGUCAAUUAACUGGAGAUAUCAAUAGUGAAACAGCUCAUCCCAAAUCUUGUUCACAUCACUGAAUGUGCUUUGUUGGAAGCAUUAUCCACUUUGGAUUUCUUUUUUCAUGUGCUACCCCUCAGGGGAAUUUAAAGAAAAAGAGAUGAUUUCUCUAGUCACACACUAAUUGGGAUCUGCACAUUGUACAAAGAAGGUUGUUGGGGUUUUUUUAAUUGAUGCCUACUUUUUUUUUUACAUCAAUGUAAUUCAAACAAAAAAAAAAUAUCUAAUGAAAGCUUUAGUUAAGGCCAAUAAGAGGAACUGGUGGAACAAAAUAAUUGCUGCAACAAGCUGUUUUGAUAUUUAUAUUCUCAGGUUUGUUCAGUUUUCUGCAUUGGACUUUUUAGACUUCCUGUGUGACACAAGCAUGUUUUAUUUCAUUUUAGCAGAUUAAUUUAUUACAAAGCGUAUCAUUUGUGUGGUUUGAUUCCUUUCAUAACUACUUUUGUGACAUGGAACAGUGCUAAUAUUUAAAAAAGGGUUCCAUUGUUGGCUUGACAAAUGCUUUUCUUCCUUUUUGUUUUUUUUUUUUUUUUUUCAAUAAAAUACCCUAAGUUUA